UCUUGCCUCAAAGUGACUGGAAGAGAGAACAUUAAGGUGUUACUCAUUGGUGGUGCCCGCCCCCCAUCUAUCUGUGGCCCUCACAGUCUGGAGCUGCCUAACCCAACAUUAACUUUGUUUGAGUUUUCUCUCAUUGUGGACAAAAGUCUUUUUUAAAAUCUCACCGUUUUUUUGAGCCGUUUUGGAAGAGUGUCGCAUCAUGAAGAUGAAAAAGAAAGCCAGUGACACAUCAGGAGUCACGCUCAAUCGUUUUGCUCAAGAGGCCCCACCAACCGGGAGCUCCAAGAAUGGAUAUGUGUUCCGGGAAAUGGAGCUGCGCGAUGGAGAAAAAGAAGAGAAAAAAGGCCCCAUCCAUGACAACGAGAGCCAACUCAGCAUGUCAGAUGAAGAAGUUCCAGGGUUUAGCCUUUUAAACACAACAAGAAAGUAUGUGAAGCCAAUGGACUUUUGCGAGGAGGUGCGCGCCCACAGAGAUGUGGACACUUUCCUGGCCCAGGCAAGCAUCCUACUGGAUGAGGGAGCAACCACUUUGGACGGCGUCCUGAGGCAGAUGCUGAGCAGCAUGGUGGAGGAUGGCUGCACAGGCUGCGACGUGAACCAGGUCCUGGACUUACUGUUCACAGAUGCGGGAGGGAAGGAGAUGGAUGUUCACCUGCUGUCAGAAACCAUUCAGGGGGUGACCGUGACAUCAACAGGCAUUCAUUACCAGCAAUCAUGGCUUUGUAUUCUAUGCAGUGUGAGUGGCCUGCAGAGACGCCACGUUUGCAUCGCACGGCUGGAGAGGCCGCAGAAUUGGGGGGUCAACUGCUGCGAGGCGCGCUAUGUCAUCCUGAUCCUAGCUCCACCCAGAACCAAAAGUACCAAGUCAGCCAUUGAAGUCGGACGAACAUUCGCCACCAUGUUCUCGGACAUUUCCUUCAGACAGAAGCUUCUGGAGAAGAAAACCCUGGAGGAGUUCAAACAAGAGCUGAUCCGGCAGCGACAGCAACUCUCUGCGAUCAGAGACAAGGUGGCUGUCGACGAAGUGGAUGACUUUGAUCCACGGAGAGGCAAAGAACUCAAGUGUAAAGAUUUCUUCAAAGCCGGUAAAGGUGUUUAUGAUGACCUUCGCCGCCGCCUACCGCUCUACCCUUCUGACUUCACAGAUGGUAUAAUCGGGAAGGACCGCUCUUUGCUGAAGUACACCACUACGGCUAUUUUCCUUUACAUCGCUAUUCUGCUGCCAGCCAUCGCCUUUGGUUCUCUCAACGACGAAAGCACAAGAGGGGAAAUAGAUGUUCAGAAGACCAUUGUCGGCCAGAGCAUCGGAGGCGUGAUCUACUCCCUGUUUGCCGGUUCGCCACUCGUCAUUCCACUGACCACUGCCCCUUUGGCCAUCUUCAUAAGUGUUAUCCGGGGCAUCUGUGAUGACUACAAGCUGGACUUUGACGCCUUCUACGCUUGCAUCGGCCUGUGGAACAGUUUGUUCCUGAUCCUAGGGGGGUUUUUCAACGUCAGCCUGCUGAUGAAGCUCUUCAAACGCUCCACAGAGGAAGUCAUUGCGUUGUUCAUCUCCAUCGCAUUUGUUGGGGAUGCAGUGAAAGGCACGGUUAAAAUUUUCAAACACUUCUUCCAUGAACCCACGCUGGCAACUCAAAACAGCACAGUAGUCCUUCACCAGAUCACAGAGGUUCUGGAGAAGAUGAAUAACCAGACGCCGGGCCUUCACAAUGCCAACGGGGCCCUGACAGUGGACCACGCUGAGGGGCACGUCUCCGUCUUCCUGCCCAAGUCGCUGGUGAUUUGCUCCAGAGAGAUCCCCAUCCUGUGCCUGCUGCUCAUGCUGGGCACCUUGUGGCUGGGCUACGCCCUCUAUCUUGUCAAGAGAAGCCCAUAUAUGAACGGCAAAGUCAGAGAAGUCGUGUCCGACUGCGCCCUGCCAAUCUCCGUGCUGGUUUUCUCCUUCAUUGGCUCCUACCUCUUCCUUGACAUACAAAUCCCCGUGUUCAGCGUCCACAACGGGCCCGUCUUCACCUACCCUCCCUUCGACAAGUUGUCGGGCCUGAACACCCUGAGUGCCGUGGGCCUCGGCUUUCUUCUUGCCCUGCUCAUCUUCAUCGACCAGAACAUCGUCAUUUCGCUCACACACGUACCGGAGCACAAACUGCUCAAAGGCACAACAUUCCAUUGGGACUUAGUGCUGACCGGACUCAUCAACAUCCUCAUGUCCUGUCUGGGGUUGCCAUGGAUGCAUGCCGCCUUCCCACAUUCUUCACUGCACGCCCGUCAGCUGGCCAAAAUGGAACAACAUGUGGAGAACGGCCACGUCUACACCACUAUCAUCAGCGUAAAGGAAACGCGUCUGACCUCGCUGGUCGCCAACAUCCUGAUCGGCCUGUCCGCCUUCAUGCUUCCCAUUCCUCUCCAGUGGAUUCCCAAGCCUGUCCUCUACGGGCUCUUCCUCUACAUCGCUGCUACGUCACUAGACGGCAACCAGAUGGUGGACCGCAUGGCUCUGCUGCUGAAGGAACAGACGUCCUAUCCUCCCACCCACUACAUCCGCCGUGUGCCCCAGAGGAAAGUGCACUACUUCACCGGGCUGCAGAUGAUCCAGCUCAUCAUCCUGUGUGCCUUUGGCAUGUAUCCUCUGCCCUACAUGAAGAUGGUCUUCCCCCUACUGAUGAUCUUGCUCGUCCCUGUCAGGACCAGCUUACUUCCGAGAAUUAUUGACGCCAAGUAUCUGGACAUCAUGGACUCGCAGCACAUGUAAAACAAGAGAACAUUAAAAAAAAUAUUAUAUAUAUACACACACACACACACAC